AUGGAAUUACAGAGAAAGUACUGCAGCAAUCUUUUCUUUUUUCUUCUUCUUCUUCAUUCAUUCUUCUUCUCAGGAUCUGUUGAUGCUUACAAGAACUACACAGUAGGAGACUCUUUGGGUUGGUAUGAUAACCUCCAAAACCCCAAACUUAAUUACCAGAAAUGGGUUGCUGCCAAGAACUUCAGCUUGGGAGAUUUUCUCAUUUUCAACACUGACACGAACCACUCGGUUGUGCAAACAUAUAACUUGACGACAUACAAGCUGUGCGAUUACGACGAUGCUCAAGAAAACGACACGAUCCAAUGGUCGUCGGCAGACCCAUCAAACACGGCCCCACAUCCAGUCUCCGUGGAAGUGCCUUUGCUGAAAGAGGGCAUGUCGUAUUUCUUUUCGGGCGAUUACGACGGCGAGCAAUGCAAGAAUGGCCAGCACUUUAAGAUCAACGUCUCUCAUGGCCAAGGCCUGCCCAAGAGCUUACAAGACCCGGCCGCACAGAAUCAGUCCCCAGGUCCAGCAAGCGGACCCCAGUCUGGUAACGACGAUGAUUCGGUCCCGGAUACAAUCGUUCCUUCCAAUUUCGAUCACCCCCACGAGGACGACACAGAGGAGAAAAACCCAUCUGGGUCGGUUGCUUUAUCAAUUUAUGUGACGCAAGGAAUGGCAUUGGUUUAUUCUAUUGUAACAAGUUAA